GAGCGUGCGUGCGUGGUGGCGGUUGGCGGGAGCAGCAGGAGCAGCAGGAGCAGGGGUAGCAGCAGCAGCAGCCAGCAGCAGCAGCCAUGGCGGUGGAGGCGCCGCGGGACGCGGUGUGGCCGGAGGGCGCGGGCGCCGAGGCGGGCUUCGUGCGUGCUGUGCUGUCGCUGCCCGAGAAGCCCGACACCACCGUGCGCUUCUUCGAGCGCGGCGACUACUACACGGCGCACGGCGCGGACGCGCGGCUGGCCGCCAAGCUCUUCCGCACCCGCGCCGUCAUCCGGCAGCUGGCGGGCGCCGCGGGAAAUCAGAAACUUGAAAGUGUUGUGCUUAGUAAAAUGAACUUUGAAUCAUUUGUGAGAGAUCUGCUCCUGGUUCGUCAUUACAGAGUUGAAGUUUACAAGAAUAAAGCAGGGAGUAAAUCUGUCAAAGAAAAUGACUGGUAUCUAGCAUACAAGGGUUCUCCGGGAAAUCUUGCCCAGUUUGAAGAAGUUCUCUUUGCCAACAAUGAUAUGUCAAUGGCUAUUGGGGUUGUGGGGGUGAAGCUGUCUACUGCUGAUGGACAAAGAGUUGUAGGAGUAGGGUAUGUUGACACUACGCUGAGAAAAUUGAGCGUCUGUGAAUUUCCAGAUAAUGAUCAGUUCUCAAACCUUGAAGCUCUACUGGUUCAGCUGGGACCUAAGGAGUGUGUGCUACCAGGAGGAGAGACUGCAGGAGAGAUGGGAAAACUGCGACAAGUCGUUCAGAGAGGAGGAAUCCUGAUUACAGACAGAAAGAAGGCGGAAUUCACAACAAAAGAUAUUGUUCAGGAUCUCAAUCGCUUGCUAAAAUCAAAAAAAGAAGAACAACUUAAUAGUGCAGCAUUGCCAGAGAUGGAGAAGCAGGUCGCUAUUUCAUCUUUGUCAGCCAUUAUCAAGUUUUUAGAGUUGCUGUCGGAUGAGUCUAAUUUUGGACAAUUUGAACUGACUACUUUUGAUCUUAGUCAAUACAUGGUUCUAGAUAAUGCGGCUGUCCAAGCCCUCAACCUUUUCCAGAGUUCUGUUGAAAAUGCUAAUACUACACAGUCCUUAUCUGGUUUACUAAAUAAAUGCAGAACCCCUCAAGGACAAAGACUAGUUAAUCAGUGGAUCAAACAGCCGCUUAUGGACAAGAAUAGAAUUGAAGAAAGGUUGAAUUUGGUUGAAGCCUUUGUGGUAGAUCCAGAACUACGUCAGGGCCUUCAAGAAGAUCUUUUACGUCGCUUUCCAGAUCUUAACCGUCUGGCAAAGAAAUUUCAGAGACAAGCUGCAACCUUACAGGACUGUUAUCGAAUGUAUCAGGCUAUUAAUCAACUGCCUAAUGUUGUAAAAGCACUAGAAAAACACGAAGGAACUCACCAGAUGUUGUUGUUAGCAGUGUUUAUAACACCUCUUAAUGAUAUUCACUCUGACUUCUCAAAGUUUUUGGAGAUGAUAGAAACAACGUUGGAUAUGGAUAAGGUGGAGAAUCAUGAAUUUCUUGUCAAGGCUUCUUUUGAUCCUAACUUGACAGAAUUAAGAGAGAAGAUGAAUGAACUGGAAGAAAACAUGCAGUCCUUCUUACAGAGUGCAGCCAAAGAAUUAGGUUUGGAAGCUGGCAAAAGUAUUAAACUGGAGUCAAAUGCACAGUUUGGACAUCACUUUCGAAUUACUUGCAAGGAGGAAAAAGUCCUCCGGAACAAUUCAAAAUACAAGAUAACUGAUACACAGAAGAAUGGUGUGAAAUUUACUAACAGCAAACUGAGUGCCGUCAAUGAAGAAUAUAUAAAGAACAGAGAAGAAUAUGAAGAGGCUCAGGACGCAAUUGUUAAGGAAAUCAUUAAUAUUGCUUCAGGUUAUGCAGAGCCAAUACAGACUAUGAAUGAUGUAAUAGCUCAUUUAGAUGCAAUUGUCAGUUUUGCUCAUGUGUCAAAUGGAGCACCAGUGCCCUAUGUCCGUCCUGUCAUUUUGGAAAAGGGACAAGGAAGGAUUGUGCUGAAAGGUGCCAGGCAUCCUUGCAUUGAAGUGCAAGAUGAAGUGGCCUUCAUCCCCAAUGACAUUACAUUUGAGAAGGGCAAGCAGAUGUUCCACAUUAUUACUGGCCCUAACAUGGGAGGAAAAUCAACAUACAUCCGACAGACAGGGGUGAUUGUUCUUAUGGCCCAAAUUGGGUGUUUUGUACCCUGUGACUCUGCGGAAAUAACCAUUGUGGAUUGUAUCCUGGCUCGGGUAGGAGCUGGAGACAGUCAGCUGAAAGGUGUGUCUACUUUCAUGGCUGAAAUGUUGGAAACUGCUUCAAUCCUUAGGACAGCAUCUGAAAACUCCCUAAUAAUCAUUGAUGAGCUGGGAAGAGGAACUUCUACCUAUGAUGGCUUUGGCUUAGCCUGGGCUAUUUCAGAAUACAUUGCUAGCAAAAUCUGUGCUUUCUGUAUGUUUGCUACGCAUUUUCAUGAACUGACAGCACUUGCUGAUCAAGUGGCAACAGUAAAUAACCUACAUGUUACUGCUCUAACCAGUGAUGACACACUGACAAUGCUUUACCGUGUCAAGGCAGGUGUUUGUGACCAGAGUUUUGGAAUACAUGUAGCAGAGUUGGCGGCUUUCCCAAAACAUGUGAUAGAAAGUGCAAGAGAGAAAGCACUGCAACUGGAGGAGUUUCAAAACAUUGGCAAGUCCAAGGAAUCUGAAGAACCACCAUCCAAGAAAUUCUACAGAGAAAGAGAGGAAGGUGAAAAGAUCAUUCAGGAUUUUCUUAGUCAAGUGAAAGCAUUGCCCCUGACAGAUAUGUCAGAAGAAGACAUCAAAAUCAAGCUGAAGCAGCUGAGAACUGAUGUGUUGGCAAAGAACAACAGUUUUGUGAACGAAAUCAUUUCCCGAACAAAAGUUACAUCAUAGAAGAUAUGAGAACAGGAUGCAGCUCUUGAAGUGCUUGAAGCUUUUUUUCUUUACAUUGCAAGAACUCUUGCUUUCUUGUCAUGUAGUUUUUGAACUUUGAUAUUUCAUACUGAUUUGUGUAGGCUUUUUUUCUUGGAUUGUAUUUUUUUUGUAAAAAAUAAAUAAAUUGGCACCCAUUGUGCUAGA